AUGCUGAUUCAUCACGAGCCCGUUUUCGUCCAAAUCCUUUACGUCACUGAAUGUAUGCUCGGGCUGCACCAUACCCACGUCUUGGAAGCGCUUGAUCGGCAGAAACUCACUUUUGUUCAGAGUUCUGCUCACAAUCUACUCUUUUUUACCCGGUUGGCAGAACAUCGUGACGUGCUAUGUGAUGUGACUCUGGUUGCAGAGGGAACGCGAAUCAAGGCUCAUCGAAUCGUGCUCUCUACAUGUUCAGAUUACUUCAAAGCCAUGUUUACAAAUAACAUGGCUGAAAUUCGCAAAGAGGAAAUCGAAAUGGUGAAUGUGGAAUCAGGAGCGCUCAUUGCUCUUAUUGAUUUCUGUUACUCCGGAAGGAUAAGCAUCAGCGACAACAAUGUGCAAAGCAUUUUACCUGCUGCUUGCUUGCUCCAGCUGAGCGAAGUCCAGGUUAGAUCGGAGAGAACUUGUUAA